AUGGCGAGAGAAAUGCCAGAGAGCAUGGAACUGCCUCUGUCCUGGGCGGAUAGCGGGCAGUCAGUCCUCAAGCUCAACAUCCGCCAUCUUUGGUUGUGUGGUGUGUGGCCACUACCUGGUUCCUGGAUAUUUGAGGUGUACGGAGCUUUGGGGCUCGUGCUUGGCGUCUGGAACGCUAUAGAGAGUACACUGGCCCUCUACUUCUGUUGGGGAGACAUGGAUGAGUCGACGAUGGUAUUUAUCAGCACCUUCAGCAUCGGCUGCGGCACUGUCAAGAUGGCCUUCUUCAUGUGCAAUCGGAGACAGUACUACGCGCUGGCUCGAAGCGUGGAGAUGCUGGUGUCUCUGCAAAGUGAAUUCUGUUCGGCAGACCCUGCCUUGGCUGACAUUAGGCAGGGCUCGCAAAGGCGUACCUCCCGUCUCACCAUAGGACUGCUGCUCUUAAUGUUGUCGCAGUAUCCUGUGUGGUUCCCGAUGCCUUUAAUUGCGCGUCCAGACGAACGGCGCCUGCCAUUCGCUCAGCACGGCUGGGACAACAACACAAACUUCUACGAGCUAUCGUACGUCGUACAGUGCGUGAUAGGGGCGUGGACCACCCAGAUCAGCAACAGUGUGGACUUACUGUUCGUUAGCAUCAUGAUCCUCACAGCUGCGCAGCUGCAGAUUCUCACAAUCCGCAUAGCCAGUCUCAAACGUGAGGAUAUUGAAGUAAAGCUAGAGAAAGGAAUCAGUUGCGUGGCAGAUCAGACGGACAAUAGUUGCAGUGAUAAAAUGUAUGGAAAAUUGUGUCAGUGCAUUGAGAGUCACCAGAAAAUACUGAGGUUCGUCAAGCAUUUGGAGAAGACAAUGAGUUCCAUAGUAAUGACACAAUUCAGCUUCAGCGUCCUCGUCACGUGUGUGUCAUUGUUUCAAGCAACAUACAGCACGGAACUCGGCUCAGUGCUAAAGUGCAUCUGUUUCCUUCCUGUACCCGCUGGCCAAAUCUACUUAUACUGCUGGUCAGCACACAACAUUACCGAACAGGCGGAGGCAGUAACGCUGGCGGCGUACAGCUGCUCCUGGUUGAAGGCGAGCCAUCGAUUCAAGCGCGCUUUGAGGAUACUCAUGAGCCGCGCCCAGAAGCCACUCGUUCUCACCGCUGCACACCUCUACCCCAUGAACAGGGAAGCGUUCGUUUCGCUGGUGAAUGCAUCAUAUUCAUACUACGCAUUGCUGGGUCAAAUGACUAAAUGA